AUGGAUCCCAGUAGUCCUUAUUCCAAGGAACUACAAUUUGCAUGCCUCACAGUGCAACGGGCUGCACUAUUGACGAAGAGAUUGCUCGAGGCUGUUGACAAAGGAUCACUCGACAAGAGUGAUUCCACGCCUGUGACCAUCGCCGACUUUGCUGCUCAGGCACUUAUCAUUAGCGCUAUCCACAAAGCCUUUCCCGAAGACGAAUUUGUGGGUGAGGAGGAUUCAAAGGCUCUCCGUGCAGAUCCAAAACUUCUUGAGCGCACGUGGGAGCUCGCCUCUACCACUCAUCUAGAUGACAAAGACAGUGAAGCCCUUCUCUACGCUCCCAAAUCCAAGGAGGAAAUGCUUGACUUGAUUGAUCUUGGAGCUCGUGGCAAAUGUAGCCUGGAGAGCCGCGCCUGGGUUCUGGACCCUGUAGACGGUACUGCGACCUUCAUGCAGGGCCAGCAGUAUGCGGUGUGCCUGGCACUGGUGGAGAAUGGAUGCCAGAAGGUCGGUGUGUUGGGUUGUCCCAAUCUCAAUCUUGCUACGGGCCGUCUUCGAGAGGAUGUUGUGGAUCGAGAUGGCUACGGGUCUCAAGUCUUUGCAGUUGCUGGUCAAGGUGCUUGGAUACGGAAGAUGGGACGCGGAGCUCUGCUCGCUGCUGAGAGUAUCGGUCAGAGGCCACAAAUUACAGACCCGAAGGACCUCGAUUUUGUGGACUGUGGGUCCGCCACAUCAUCUAAUACUUCCCUGCAUGCUCGAGUGGCAUCGAAACUGGGUGCUCCGUGGCCGUACAGCACUGAUCUGUGGGCUACACAGCUGCGCUACAUAGCCAUCGCGGUAGGAGGCUGCAAUGCUCUGAUCAAGAUCCCCCGUAAGGCAUAUUAUCGGUCUAAGAUCUGGGAUCAUGCAGGCGGCAUGUUGAUUGCCGAGGAAGUCGGCGUUAAGGUCUCUGACCUUGCAGGAAAUCCUGUCGACUGCAGCUUGGGCCGAACCCUAGCUGGAUGCUACGGGAUGAUCGUGGCUCCUCCUUCCAUUCAUGGGCGGAUCGUUGAAGCCGUAAAGGAGGUCAUGCAGGAACAGACGAAGUGA